AUGAAAGACAUAUUCUCUACAGCUACCUUCGUUAUCUCUUGGGUUGGAGAGGCGGAAGGAAACGUCGCAGACUUACUCGAAUAUCUUCGAAAUCUGAAGCACGCCUCUCGGCAUGAUAGACCUGAGUUCCUGCGCAAAGCCAAGAAGCAAUUCUCUUUCAAAGAUGCCAGGUGGUUGGUUUCAAGACCUUACUGGUCAAGGAUUUGGAUUGUGCAAGAGUUUACGCUACCUCGAGAGCUUUACAUUCUUUGCGGCAAUGAUGCAAUCUCUUGGCCAGCCCUGCAACAAUUUCGGCCCUUUGGUAUCUCGAACAAAACCAACCUAGGAUUCAAACAUUUAUCGAAACAAGAAAAUCAUCACAGUAUCGACAGACAUGUGAACAGCUGUCGAGAGCUGUCAAAACUGCGGCGGUCGUGGCAAACAGAGUCAAAGCAACCAUCAUACACCAAUCGCGAUCCAGACUUCGGUGCAAGACCUACACUUACAAGACUGCUUGCUUUUUGUAAGGACUAUCAAUGCACUGAUCCACGGGAUAGGGUCUAUGGAUUAUUGGGUCUUAUCGACGUCGAAGGCGAAGACCGUCUGCUAGCUGAUUAUGAAAUCAGCUCAUUCCAGCUGUUCCAUCGUGUAAUGUUGCACCUGCACCAGCAAGGGAGGGUUCUUUCUCAGAUCUUCCGUACGAGGCUAGCCGAAGGUCUUCAGAUUCUUGACCACAAGGAUCUACCGACAUCUGCGUUCAUCUAUGAGGUUGUCGGCGGUCGCAACAGUUUUCCUGUGGAAGAGGAUCCGGCGACUUGGGACCUAUUUGAGCGGGCGAUGAGGAAAGCUUUCGAGCGUGAUGAAGACGAGAUAAAGAUAUAA